AUGAUGAUGCUCAGGAAAGCUAUUCUAGAGGGAUGGCCAGAGAGACGUGAUCAACUUCCUACAGAAAUACGUACCUACUGGAAUUACAGGGAUGAACUUGCUUGUAUAGAUGGUUUGAUAUACAAAGGUUUACGACUAGUGAUACCGCAAGCCUGUCGCAAAGAAAUGUUGGAAAGAACUCACGAAUCUCAUCUAGGCAUUGUAAAAUGCAAAGCUAUGGCACGUGAAGUUAUGUUUUGGCCUUCCAUGGGAAGCCACAUUGAAGACAUCAUUUCCAAAUGCAGGAUUUGUGCUUGUCAGCAAAGAGAAAAUCUAAGGGAAAACCUUAUUCCUCAUGAAGUCCCAGACCGACCUUGGUCAAAAAUAGCCAUGGACUUGUUUGAAUUCUGUGGAAACCAGUAUCUCAUAUCAGUGGACUGUUAUUCGAAAUGGCCAGAGAUAGCAAAACUAGAUCAGCCUACAUCCAACUGUGUGAUUCAACACCUUAGGAGCUAA